AUGAAUCAAUACCGAUUACGUGAAUGUUUUAAAAAGAAGAAACUAUCUUUCUCGAGAUGUUGGCGGCUAGUCCUACAUGGCCUUCGGCUAAAUAGAUUGAAUGAGGCACAAAGAGAUGAACUCGCGAGAUUAAUCGCAGAACGAGGCGUUGUAUAUUUUCCGGGUCAAAAGGAAAUGACAAAUGAUGAAUUUCAGCAACUCGGUCGAUAUUAUGGUAAAACACACGUUCACGGAGCAAAUGCUCGACCUAACGAUCCUUCCAAAUCUGAUUUCCAUGUUGUUUACUCGGAUCGAUAUACAGCCUUUGACAUUGAAGAUAACCGUACUGAUUUGGAGAGAUUCCAUUCGGACGUAAGUUAUGAAAAGCAACCCCUUGCUACAACGUUCUUUCGAGGAUUGACAGUACCCAAAUAUGGCGGAGAUACUGUAAUCGUUUCUGGAUACGUAGCUUAUUGAUUACUUGAAAAAUAAAAGUUUGCAAAG